AUGGACACUUUAGACAAUCACAAUAAUAACUAGUUGCAAUAAAACAUUGAUAACUAAAUUGCUAGAAAAAUGUGGUGUCACACAUGCAAAUUUGAAUUUUAAACUGCAAAUUCAACAUCAUUCGAAUGUGUUAAAUGUAAGAAUGAUUUUUGUGAAGAAAUAGAACCUCAAAUUGAGUAAAUAGACGAUCCAAGAUAGUUUGUUCCUUUUGGUGAAGAGUAGAAUCAAACUAAUAACUAAUAACAAUUCCAAAGAAAUGUUUAGAAUUCUUAAUAAAACAACCUUCAAAAUGUUUAGUAUCCCUAAUAAAAUAAUCGCAUGGGAAGUGCAUCAACUAUUCGUACAAAUAUCAAUCGCUAAGGUCAAGGUCAAGGUUAACCUACACUAUCUUAUUCUAUUUCAAUUUAGUCUACUUAGCUUGAAAAUCCAUUCUUCGGAAUUAAUAACCUCAUUUCAAAUUUAUUCCCUGUAACAUCUCAACGUACAGGCCUAUUUGGAAUGAAUGACAACAACUUUGAUAAUAUAAUUGACUUCUUGAUGCGUAAUGACCCAAAUGUUUAUGGUACUCCACCUGCUUCUGAAAAUUCCAUUUCUAAUUUACCAACUGUUACUUUCUCAACAGAAUAAGUAAAAGAAGAAACCCUAUGUGAAUGUAGUGUCUGCAAGGAAGAAUUUACAGAAGGAGAACAAUUAGUUAAAAUGCCAUGCAAUCAUAUGUAUCAUAGCAGCUGUUUAGUCACUUGGCUUAAGAUGCACAACUCUUGUCCUACUUGCCGUUACGAACUACCAACUGAUAAUUAGGAUUAUGAACGCAGAAAAUAAUAAAGAAAUAAUUAAAAUCAAAACCGCAGAAAUUGA